AGAAACAACUUUUCCAGAAAGUCACUGUUGGACAUCGGGGUUCUAAUUGUUACGAACAAAGAAAUCCUCAAUAAAUAAUGGGACCAAUCGAGGCUGUUGGGAAUCAAUAUGUGGUGUCCAGACGUAUCUAUUCAGAAGAUUCUUUCAAAGACGACCACGCAAAGCUGCACAGAUAUCAUAAAACCUUUUUUGAUCAUCUCCGUCUUUACUUCAGUUGUUCAGCAGAGAAGGCAAAGAAAAUUGCCCUGACAUUUUUUCCCAUCGCUUCAUGGCUUCCCAUGUAUCAAAUAAAAGAAUGGCUAUUCGGUGAUAUUGUUUCUGGGAUCAGCACCGGCCUUGUAGCAGUUUUGCAGGGUCUGGCAUUUGCGCUCCUAGUAAAUGUUACUCCUGGGUAUGGACUUUAUGCAGCUUUUUUCCCAGUCAUUAUUUAUUUUUUCUUUGGCACAUCUAGGCAUAUAUCAGUAGGCCCCUUUCCUGUGUUAAGUUUAAUGGUUGGUACUGCUGUUCUCAGGUUAGCUCCUGGCGACCCUACAAAUAAUAGUACAGAGGCAAUAACAGCAUUAAAUAAUGAGCGAGUUGCCAUAGCGGCAUCUGUUACUGUGCUUGCCGGAAUCUUCCAGUUGGCCCUGGGGCUGCUACAAGUUGGAUUUAUAGUGAUCUAUUUAUCAGACUCUUUGAUUAGUGGUUUUACAACAGCAGCUGCCAUUCAUGUUUUAAUAUCUCAGCUGAAAUUUAUCCUCGGGCUAUCAAUUGAUGCAUAUAGUGGACCCUUGUCCUUGUUUUAUACUUUAAGAGAUAUUUUUACAAACAUUACGGAAACAAACAUUGCUGAUCUUGUUACGUCGAUAAUCAUUAUGGUUGUAGUGUUUGCUGUAAAAGAAAUCAAUGACCGUUUUAAAGCAAAGAUACCUGUACCAAUCCCUAUUGAAGUUAUAAUGACUGUCAUAGCAACUGGAGUUUCAUAUGCUUUUAACUUCCAAAAUAAAUAUGGUGUUGACAUUGUUGGGACACUAGAAAAAGGAUUUCAGCCUCCAGCAGCACCAAGAUUAUCAGUAUUUCAGGAAUGUAUAGCUGAUGGAUUCUCCAUUGGAAUCGUAGGAUUUGCUAUCGGGUUUUCUGUAGCAAAAGUUUAUUCUAUAAAACAUGACUAUGUUAUUGACGGCAAUCAGGAACUAGUGGCUUUUGGACUAAGCAACAUAUUUGGAGGUUGCUUUAAAGGCUUUGCUGCAAGUACAUCAUUGUCAAGGUCAGCUGUCCAGGAGAGCACAGGAGGAAAAACUCAGGUUGCUGGUCUCUUAUCAGCUAUAAUUGUUAUGAUUGUCACUUUGGCUAUAGGAUUUCUACUUGAACCUCUACAAAAGUCUGUUCUGGCAGCGUUAGUCGUUAUCAAUUUGAAAGGAAUGCUAAUGCAGUUUAAUGAAAUUCCAAACUUAUUCCGGAAAGAUAAAUAUGAUUGCGUAGUGUGGGUGGUUACAUUUUUGGCUGCUGUUUUACUUGGCCUUGAUCUUGGAUUGGCUGCAGGAGUGGGAUUUGAACUGCUAACUGUGGUGUUUCGUACUCAAUUCCCCAAGUGCUCUCAGGUUGCUAAUGUUGGUGGAAGCAAUGUUUACAAGAACAGAAAAGACUAUAAAGAGAUAUAUGAGCCAGAGGGAGUGAAAAUAUUCAGAUGUCCAUCACCCAUCUUUUUUGCCAAUAUUGACUUUUUCAAGGAUAAACUCAAAGCUGCAGCAGGGUUCAACCCACUUAGGGUGUUACGUAAGAGGAACAAGGCUUUAAGAAAAAUCAAGAAGUUGAUAAGUAAAGGAGAACUUCAAAUUACACCUAAAGGAUUGAUCUGUACUUCGUACGACUAUAAAGACUCCGAUGAUGAAGAAUUAGACAACAACAGAAUAGAGGAGCUGGACCAGCCUCUGAAUAAAGCUGACAUACCUUUUGACAUAGAUUGGAAUGCUGAUCUUCCCAAUAAAAUUAUGGUUCCCAAAGUUGACAUCCACAGUUUGAUUAUUGAUUUUGGGGCAGUGUCAUUCCUCGAUAUGUCUGGAAUGAAGGGCCUAAAAGGGGUUUUGAAAGAAUUCAUAAAGAUUGAAGUCGAUGUUUACAUAGCAGGCAUGGAUGACAAUCUUCUGGAUAAACUUGAACGAUGUGGCUUUUUCGAUGACACAAUUACAACAUCAAUGAUUUUCCUCUCUGUGCAUGAUGCCGUGUUACAUGUGCUGGUAAAGAAGGAGCUAAAUAGCUUGUCAAAAUUGAAAGAAAUCAAGGAGAAAGAAACGGGAUUCUAUGCAGAUGAAAAUAAGAAUGGGAGUACUGGACACAAAGAAUACUCUCUAACAGUUUCAUCACAGUUAUGAUUCAGUAGGAUGAAGAUUCCUUCUAAGUGACCAUGUAACCAGAGAACUGAGAAAAUCUGAAGGAAAACCAGAACAUAUAAUGUAUCAGUGACUUUUACCAUGAAGCGAGUAGGUUUCCCUUAAAUCUUUUUUUGUGAAAAAUUUGACAAGCCAAUGUGAUGUCAAAUGAACGGAUU